AUGACGGGGAUUCCUUGGAUGCAGCUGGGAGAGAUUGCGGAACCAUCAUUGACUGCUCCACCCGCCCCAUUCCCGCAAACGAAUGCCCCAGCAGAAAACGCUCGCCUGAGGUUCACUGUAUCCGGAAAUGCUAUUUUUACCGGGGGCGCGGGGGUGCUCGCUCUCGCUUCAGCACGUGCUUUACUAGAGCAUGGACUUAGUGGACUCGCGUUGCUAGAUCUCCCUGCGGCACUGCAGAAGCAAUCGCUGCAUAUCACGGCUCUUCGCCGAGACUUCCCGCAGGCACACCUAGUGAUCUCGGAAUGCGACGUAACUAACGAAGAGAAUGUACAGCGUGCUGUGAAGAGUGCGCGAGAUGCUCUGGGCCCGCUGCGGAUACUGUGCUGUUUUGCUGGUCUCCCACUUUGCGUUUCUGCAGAAGACAUGACAUUUGACGAGUGGCGCAGGGUUACCGAUGUCAACAUGACUGGGUCCUGGUUGACUGCGCAGGCUGUUGGACGACACAUGAUUGCAGAUAGCACAGGCGGCCGCAUUGUCUUUAUCUCGUCUAUUAGUGCCCACCGGGUGAAUUAUCCCCAACCGCAGAUGGCUUAUAACGUAUCCAAGGCGGGCAUACUGCAGAUGCGAAACUCGCUCGCUGCCGAAUGGACUCGCUACGGCAUCCGUGUCAACUCCAUCUCUCCAGGGUACAUGGACACCGUAAUGAACGAAGGCGAUCAACUUGCAGGUCAUCGCGCUGUGUGGGCAGAUCGCAAUCCCAUGCAGCGUAUGGGCUCACCAGAUGAACUGACAGGACCUGUAGUGCUUUUGUGCAGUGAUUUCGGGGGCAAUUAUCUGAAUGGAAUGGAUCUGGUUGUCGAUGGCGGCGGGAUGGUUUUUUAG